AUGGCCGGCGCGCCGCACCCGCCCCGCCGGGACGACCGGGGGCGCCCCGCGACAUCCGGCCGCGAAGAUCUGGGGAAGAUCUCGAGCCAAAAUGGUUACGGCGACCUGAUGCAGGACGAAAAGAUUUUCCACCGGAUCCAGCUUGAGGGCUCCGUCUGCGACAUCGAGCUGCCCUGCGACACGUCGCGCCUCACGAAGGAGCACCUUUCGUUGCGCCAGCCGGCCAUGCCCAAGCACGGCCCCAGGUGCCGGGGAGGCAAACGCGCCAAGUGGCCUUCGCGGCGACGCCCAGUCAGCGGCAUGCGCGUUCGCUGCGCCGGCGCGGGCGAGAAGCCGUCCGGCGCGUGCGUGCACAUGGGCCGCGUCGUCAUGCAGCCAGGCUCGGCGGCCGCUCGCUCGGCGAAGUACUGCUUGAACAUGUUUGACGAGCGUGCGAAGUUCGCCAGAGCCCACAACGCCUUCGACAACGCAGCGCGUGAGAUCAGCCGCUGGCUGAGCGACGCUGCUCCCGAGCUUGGGGCUGCGAGCCGCAAGGUCCGCAGAAUGCGGGCCUUCGCGCGCUGCCAGAGCAUUCCGCGUGCGCCGCAGUGCAACGAGGCCAUCGAGCGGACUUCCGCCGGGUACGAGCAGUGCCCAUUCGGGGCGCUGGCAUUCGUCGCUGCUGCUAGGCGCGGCGGCGCCAAACCUUCGAUGUGGAGCUCUGGGAUGGUGCCGCAUGUGCUAGUCAGCAUCGGUUGCGGGCCAGGCCUCAGGUACUCCGUGGAGGUCUACUUCCCAGGCUGCGUCGUAUUCCCCAUCCGCCAGCGCCUCGAGCUCGCGGGAGCAUUCAAGGAUGCGAGCUUCCCAGUGCCAGCGGUGACUGACGACGGCGAGUCGCGGGCGUUGCAGCUGUCCGAGGGAAGCGAGAAGCCGGGCGACGAGGCCUACGACGGGGCCGCGGAGGAGAUCGCCCCGAAGCUGGAGCCCGGCGACUGCGUCGAGACCGUCGUGCUGGACCCCGAGGAUUCGCCGGCGGCGGGCGACCCGCGGCCAGAGGAGGAGGAUGCGGUCGAGAAAAACGGCAGCGAGCAGGCGGCCACUGAACGCGAGCCUGAGGACGAGCCUGCCGAGCUCGGCCCCGCGGAGGUGGAGGUCGAGGGGAAUCGUGCGCCCAAAGGCAUGAUGUCCAAGAAAUCUUACCAGGGGAAGUUGCGCCAGGAGUGGGGGGAGAAGGAUCUCGGGGGCUUCGCUGCUCAAGGGUGGUCCUGCUGCUGCGACGGCCGGGGCGAUGGCUACUCGCCUGAGCCAGUCUGGAUUCCAGGGCGACGUUAUGCGAACUCUUCGAGCGAAGAUCCAGAGCGGGCAGUGCAAGGUUGUCGUGGUGGAUAUCUCCACGGACGUGGAUCGAAGAUCGUGGAGCCCAUGCCGCAGCGCGGUCUGACCGUCAAAGUCACGGAGGGCGACGAGCUGUGCAGGAAGAAGACAGCUGGGCGCUGCGCGGCGUCGUCCGGGCUUGCAGUCAGCUUUGCGUUCCGCUGCGCGCGUGGGUCAGCGCUGUGCGUGCGCCGGGCGAGCUCCCGGACCGCCCAGUCGGAGUCGCUGCUGGUGCAGCAGCUGCUGGAGUACGCUGGAUCAGGUCACCGUGGCGUCUCGAUGGUUAGCCUCUGCACGUCUACCGUCGAAAGCCAGGGCGCCGAGGACUCCCUGCGCGUUGUCGCCAACAACACGGGGCUUCUCAAGUUUCUAGAGCCGCGCGCCCAGUUGCCGGAGGUGCCGCGUGAAUCGAUCGACGGGGCUGUCGCGGCGAGAGCGCGGACCUCCGAUGGGGUAUGCACCCAGGAGCUCGCUCGUCUGAUUUGGAUGGCCAUCUUGCCCAUCGCCUGGGGCCGCGCCGACCGCGACGACGCUGCGCAGCGCGACGUCGGCAGGCAGACGCCCAGGCGGUCCGUGUUCGUCGCCCAGAAGGGCCCGUUGAAGUCGGAGGAUGCAAAGUCGGCCAAGGCACGGGCUGCCAUAGACGAGGAGCUCUCUUGGCACCGGACUAAGGCCACAGGAACGGAGGCGGUGAACGUGUACGAGCAGGUGAGCAAAGGCCCAGUAUUAUUCGUCGCCAUUCGGUGCACCCUGGCGGUGGCUAUCCUGGAGUGCCUCAGCAUUUCGAUUCGAGACGCGUUGUCAGCCUACAUCCAGGCUCGCAUCAAUGUUGACGGCGGGAUCGAGACGUGGGUUGAGAUGCCUAGGGGUUGGUAG